AGGUAUAUAACAUUUCAGAUGGUAAAGGUCCAAACACAAAUACUGAAGACGGGGAUUCAGAAAAAGGACCGACAAGUGGAAAAGCUGGUGAAGAACAGGGAGAUACCCUUAAUGACCUACAAGAAGUUUGGGAGAGAAUAAAGGAAAAAAUUAGUAGAUUUAUUGAAGCAUUAACCAAAGAUUACGAUAUCACCGAAGCACAGAAGCAUAUUAGUACAGUACUUGAUGCGUUAGACAUGAAUGCAGUGAAAACCGAAGAAUUACGAUUACGUGUGGAAUCUGUCGCGACAAGCUUACAAAAUACUAAAGCUGACAUGGAAAGGUUGGCUGAUGAGCUAAUGUCAGAAAAUGAAGGUAAAGGUGGAGAAGGCACUGACGUAGGAGGAGGUAGUGGUGGCGUAGAAGGGGAAGACAGUGGUGGCAGAGGAGGAGGAGAAAGUGAUGGCGCAGGAGAAGAAGGUGGUGCUGGCAAAGGAGGAAAAGGCGGUGGAGAAGGAGGAGAAGGUAAUUUUGUGGAAGGAGGCGAUGGUAAUGGCGGAAAAGGAGGAAAAGGAGGAAAAGGUGGUGGUGGCGAAGGAGAAAAAGAUAGUGGUGGAGAAGGAGGAGAAGGUAAUGGUGGCGAAGGAGGAGAAGGUGGUGAUGGAAAAGGAGAAGAAGGUGGCGCAGGCGAUGGUAGCGAAGGAGGCAUUGUGAGAAGGAAACGUCUACUUCAGAAGUUAGAACUGCUAAGAAUGCUCCAGAAACUUGAAGAAUUAAAGGCUUAAAGGACGAGUAAACCGAUGGAUAUGGAUGGCAAAACGAACUGGAACAUGGACUAGAAACUUCAGAAACGUAUUCAAUGACUUUCGAAAAUAACUUUAUACAAAUCAUUUAUAAGACUUUUAUGCUUUUGUCUUUUGACAUUAUCUUAAUACUACCAUACAAAUAUUCUAUUUCUGAAUUUUAACGUAUGAAAUAAUAAUUCAUCAUCCUUCUUUCA